AUGAAUUCAAUAUUGAAAAUUUUUUUUCGACAAACAGAAAAUCUUCUUUGUCUAACAAAAACCAGUAUACUUAUAUAUCAAUUGCAAAAAAACCUUACAAAUGAUAAUAUUAAUUUAUUUGAUAUAGAAAAAGAUCAAUAUCAAUGUACAUUUUCAUAUGAUUUAUGUAAUGAGCUUCGAUUGAUACAAAAAAAUUUGCAUUCAACUUGUUUUUUACUUCAACGAACGCUCUAUCGUGUUCAGGCAUUAAGACAAAUACGCGGAGAAUUAUCUAUUCAAAUUGAUGAUAAUCUUAUUAUUAAAUAUAACGAAAAUCUUUCAUAUGAAUUAGAUAAUAUUCAAGAAAAAAUUCUAUUAAUUAUAAAUGAAAAUAUGUUAAGCAAUUCAUCUUUAAAUACUCUUCAAAUAUUUUUUAAACAAAUUCAAGAAAAUUUUGAAAUAUUUCUCAAUUAUAUGUAUUGGAUGCCAAUACAUAAAAGUACAAUUUAUCUUGGAAAUUUAGUUUCAAAUACACUUGAAAUGUUUUAUUUAAUACUUGGUAGUCUCGCUUGUUUUAUUCAGGAUAUCGAAAAGAUUGAAAAUUAA